GUGGAUAUAUUUUCACAAGUUUCAAGGAGGAAAAAGAGAAGAUUUGUAAAAAAACAUGUAAACUUUGAUAGAAUUAAAUUUGCGUAUAUAAGAAUUGAUUAAUUAAUUUACAAAUAAUGGAAGAUGAUAUAGGUAAUGUGAAAAAAUCGGAUACAUUGCAGGAUAAUACCGAAAAUGUAUCAUCAUCUAAGACUAACAGGCAAGAAGAAGACCUUUACAAUUUUCGGGAACAAUGGCAAAAAGAACUAAGAUCUAUUCAAAAAAGUAACAUAACUGAAGAAAUAAGUCCAGUAAAUUCUACUAUUAGUGAUAAAACUGUGAACCAAGUUAAAAUAGUAAAUGAAACUAGCAAUGAAGAUUACAUUAAUGAAAAAGCAACUAAACUCUUUAUGAAAGGUACAGAGAUGGAAAAUUCUGGAAAACUUUAUGAAGCUAUUCAAUUUUAUCGACAAGCUGUCCAAAUUGUACCCGAUAUUGAAUUUAUUAUGAAUAAGAAAGUUAAACCUAAAAUGGCACAAGAAGUUUUAAGAGAAGAAGUAAAGGAAAAUAUUGAAGUUGGCACAACUUCAUCUGAUGAAGAUGAAGACAAUCAAGAUGAAGAACUGUUUCACAGAAUACAGAGGAAGGCCUCCAAAAAGUGUACAUUGUGCCUUCCAAAACAACAAAAAAAUAGUUUGCACAUUGGUCAAAUGCCUGUAGAAAUAAUUUUGUAUAUACUCAAAUGGGUUGUAUCAGACCAGUUGGAUUUGAGGUCACUUGAAAUGUUUUCGAACGUGUGCAGAGGAUUUUAUUUAUGUGCUAGAGAUCCAGAAAUAUGGAGAACGGCUUGUAUAAGAACAUGGGGUGUUAACUGUGGCACUUCAACUGGAAGUUACAAAUCUUGGAGGGAUAUGUUUAUCGAGAGACCAAGAGUCAAUUUUAACGGCUGUUAUAUUAGUAAGAAUACUUACAUAAGAAAUGGUGAGAAUAGUUUUCAAGAUCAAUUUUAUCGUCCAUGGUAUCUUGUUGCAUAUUACAGAUAUUUAAGAUUCUAUCCUGAUGGUACUGUAUUAAUGCUUACAUCUGCCGAAGAACCUUUGCAAAGUAUUAAUUUGUUGAAAUUAAAAAAUGUCCGAUAUCCUGUUCUAUCUGGUUACUACAGGUUGAAAGACGAUAAAGUAAUACUUGUAAUCCAAAGGCAAACAAAGAAUUCAAACCAAGAAACAUUUAGGAGAACUAAGAAACAAGAAACGAUUAAGAAAAGUGAACAGAUUUAUAACAUGGAAUUUCAAAUUAGAAGCAAGAGGAAAAAACAUGAACAGUUACACUGGAGUCACUAUUCCAUAGUGACAAAAUCCAAAAAGGGAGAUGAGACUACAUGUAAUUUUGAUUUAUGGGGAAAUCGUUUUCCGCCUCUCGUUUUCUCGCGAGUCAAGAGUUACGCUGAAAGUUCAGAAAACCCACUGAUUUAAACUAAGUAAAUAUUACGGAUUGUUUGAUUUAUUUUGUAAGAGAUUAAAAUAAAUUAUUUUAAAAGAA